UUGUUUUUUGCGGGCUCUAUAUAACUUAUGAAGUUGGCAGUUCCGACCAAAAACUUGACAGAAACAAGUGCAAAUUAAUCCAGAGUGCAGACGAUUGGGAUUUGGGAACAAUGUUUAGUGGUAAACAUUUGGAAUGAGUAUUGAAGCUCUGUCACUUUCUUCGUUUUUUGUAUUAUUUGUGUCAGUUGGUGUUUGUGCAGAAGAUUUAGGACUUCAGUCUGUUGCUGCUUUGAAUAGUGAAGUAGACUCCUUCGGGCAUGAAAGUAAAUCUGAUGUUUUGCCUCUGCGAGCUACUGUAGUGAGCAAAAGAGUUGCAGAGUUCACGGAUCAGUUUAUAAAACAAGAUGAUCUGUCAUUAUCAUCAGAUGCUGAAGUACUCCAGGGAGAUGUUGAGGACCUGCAGGUGACAACUGCUCCUGCCUCUCAAACUGAAGAUAUUGAAACAGUGGAAAACUCAACAUUAAACAAUACUGAUAAUGGCCUGAAUAGAAGUACACUUGUAUCCUGCGUUGUAGGAAACAGUAGUAUUGGGAAACCAGUGGAGCUGAUUAAUUCUACAAGAUUAUUGAGCCUUCUGGUAAGUGACCCCAAUGUGACACGACGUCGCCAGCCGGCAGAAUGCGUAAUGGUCCUCUUCUAUGCUCGUUAUUGCCCAUUUAGCAGCCUGGCAGCACCUCACUUCAAUGCCCUCCCUAGGGCUUUUCCAGACAUAAAAAUGGCUGCCAUUGAUGCAAUGAAAUACCACAGUUUCAAUACGCAAUAUGGAAUUGUCGGUGUCCCCACAGUAAUGUUGUUCCACAAUGGUCGACCAGCUGCAAAGUUCAAUAAUUCUGAUUACACCUUAGAAAUGUUUGGACGCUUUAUAAUAGAAUAUACAGGCCUUGAACCCAAAAACAAAUUGUUUGUGAUGUCUGUUGACUUCAGUGGUCCUGUACCAAGUGUACCGGUCAAAGAGACUGAUUACUGUCUUGUCUUGUCAUGGGUGUUCAUAAUGCUGUGUGCAGUGUACUACUUUAGUAAGUCUGCAUGGUGGCAAUGGAUUGUAGAAGCUGUACAGAACUCUUGGAGAGAAGCAGAAGCACACCAUGAACAUGUGGAGUGACAGUUAACCACUGUGCUUGUUGGAAGGGGACUGUGAACAUUUCCUGCUCUUGGAUUACAAUCGUUGUAUUGCUUGUCAUUCAGGGAUGGAUGCCUUAUUUUUUCCCAAACUUCAGUGCAUUUAGCUUAUCAGUUGCAGUUGAUAUUAUCUUUUAAUAGCAUUUUUCUCAAAGUUGAUGAAAUUAUGCUAUAUCUCAAGUGUCUCAUUACUGGAAAGAACAAGAUAUCUCCUUUAACUUCUUGUAAAUCAAUUUAAGAAGUUGAAACAGUGGAAUGAAGGGGGUUUAUCUGUUACUGAUGAUCAAUUUGAAGUGUUAAAAUAAAGAAAAUUGUACCUCUUUCAACCAAAGCAUUACUAUUUACAAAUGUCAGUGUUAUGUAAUCAGAUUAUAUAGUGUUCUUUCAGGAGUCAGUGUCACAUCUUGAUUUUCUUGUCAUCUGAAAAGUAAGUUAAGGUAGCAUCAACUAAUUUCAAAUGAGUUCAUGCUGUGAACAAAACAAGGUACAUGGAAAAACUCAUUAUGUUCCUAGAUUUUGCUUCAGUUACUUAGUUACAACAGUAAUGAAAAUGUUGCAUUAUCUUUAUUUAGUCUUUGU